AUGCCCUUUUCUCACCACAGCCAUUCUGGGCAAUUUUGUGCUCAUGCCAAAGGUUCGUUAGAGGACAUGAUCAAGACAGCAAUAGCCAAAAACUUCGAGACGUUCGCUUUGACGGAACAUAUGCCGCGCGAUGGAGAGGAUUUGUACCCCGAAGAAACAACGACGGCGGAUGGACUUAGCAAGUUAUUCGAUGAUUAUUACCACGAAGCGCUCCGCUUGCGAAAAACCUACGGCUCUCAAAUCAAAAUCUUGAUUGGGAUGGAAAUUGAAUGGAUACGCCCCUCCUCUUUGGACCGUGUUCUGAGCUUGCAACGGCAAUACCGGCUUGACACGUUCAUUGGCUCCGUACAUCAUAUGCACACGGUACCGAUCGACUUUGACAGGCCGAUGUACGAAGAAGCACGGAGGAGGUCGGGAGGCACAGACGUACAACUCUUUGAGAGCUACUUUGACGAGCAGUACCGCAUGCUCCAGGCACUGAGGCCACCCAUUGUUGGUCACUUCGAUCUCAUACGCUUGCUCAGCGACGAGCCGGACCGGUCAUUGAGAGACUGUGAAACCGUGUGGCCCAAGGUACAACGGAACUUGGAGUACAUCGCUGGUUAUGGCGGGCUUCUGGAGCUAAACACGUCAGGAUUCCGCAAGGGCAUGAAGGAGCCAUAUCCAACGUCUGAGAUAUGCGAGUCCUUCCUCCGACUCGGCGGACGCUUCACUCUAUCUGACGACAGCCAUACCGUUGAGCACGUUGCAACGAAUUACCAUCGUUUGCCAGAAUUUUUGGCGCGUGUCGGCAUCCGGGAUAUCCACUACCUUGCUCAGGGUCGAGAAGGCCCAGACCCUCGCUUCCCCGACAUCUACGUCUCAAGCAUCAGCCACGACAUGCUUUCCGCACACGCAUCUGCCUCGCGGUAG